GGACUAUUCUGUACACAAUUUCAAGGUAACAUUACACUUUAUUUCCGCUUUUUCUCACAUGGGACUCGAACUCACAACCUUGAGAUAAAGCACCUCACGCUCUACCGACUGAGUUAAGACAGCUCAGUGAUUUGCGAACACGGGGACACAGAUGUGAACAUCCCUAGAGAAGGGUGCAAAAAGCUUGUUCCCUGCUGCUCCAGAGCUAGGAAUGGACCAGAUCUCAUCGGGCUAAUCCAUUUGCCCCGACAGCUAAGAGCAGAACCUCCAGGAUCAGAAGCAGCGGGCUGCAAAUACGAGGGCAGGGGAAGCAGCAGGGCGGUCUCGCAGCCCUCGCCUUGCAAGGGGGCGCAUCCAGCCUUGCAGCCUCCCAGGGCCCAACCCACAGCCAGCGAGCUCCGAUGCUCAGAGAGGCAGGAAACGGGGCCAGCCAGGGGGACUCGAGAGCGGCUGCACUUUCCUGUCCCCCGCCGAGGAGAGCGGAGGAGCAGCGGGCAGUGGCCUGGCGAGUUUCCCCGGAGAGGAGCCAGAUUCCGGUGCAGGGACGGAGCGAGGAGUCCGAGCAGGGUGGCAUAAAAAUGGAAGAGCAGGGACCCAGGAGACCCAUUCAAAGGGAGAGACUGGAGUGCAAAGGAAGGAAACCUCCUGCCGGCCAAGUUGGGACCAUCAGGGAUCUUCUGCCUCGGGCAGAUUUAUGUCAAAUUAAGCAGGAGGCAGAGGAGGGGCAGCCGCAGCAGCACUGGGAGGCCCAGAAGCAGGAUUUCCUGAAGACGAUGCAGCCCCCUCGUUUAGGGUGGGAAACCCCACAGGCUCACAGUCCUCCCCACUCCGGGGAUGGUGUCCUCUCCUUCAGGGGAGCUGCGGGUGCCAGUCGGUGGCCCAGUGGGAGAGCAGGGGGGACAGACAAGACCCUGCUCCCAGACACUGAGGGGCUUCUGGGAAAGGAAGCUGCAACUUGCUCUGGAUUCUGCACUCCUCAGGAAGCUGAACCUGCAAACCUAGCUGAGACUGAACCUGCAACCCUGGCCAGGAUGGAAGGAGGAAGAUGGACAGGUGACCUGGUCAGGCUGUCUCCCGCAUCCCUCCCCACAACCUCUGAGCAUUCCCUCCCAGGACCCUUGGAGAAAUCUGCAGGGUGGCAUAAAAAUGGAAGAGCAGGGACCCAGGAGACCCAUUCAAAGGGAGAGACUGGAGUGCAAAGGAAAGAAACCUCCUGCCGGCCAAGUUGGGACCAUCAGGGAUCUUCUGCCUCGGGCAGAUUUAUGUCAAAUUAAGCAGGAGGCAGAGGAGGGGCAGCCGCAGCAGCACUGGGAGGCCCAGAAGCAGGAUUUCCUGAAGACGAUGCAGCCCCCUUGUUCAGGGUGGGAAACCCCACAGGCUCCCAGUUCUCCCCACUCUGGGGAUGGUGUCCUCUCCUUCAGGGGAGCUGCGGGUGCCAGUCGGUGGCCCAGUGGGAGAGCAGGGGGGACAGACAAGACCCUGCUCCCAGACACUGAGGGGCUUCUGGGAAAGGAAGCUGCAACUUGCUCUGGAUUCUGCGCUCCUCAGGAAGCUGAACCUGCAACCCUGGCCAGGAUGGAAGGAGGAAGAUGGACGCUUGACCUGGUCAGGCUGUCUCCCGCAUCCCUCCCCACAACCUCUGAGCAUUCCCUCCCAGGACCCUUGGAGAAAUCUGACUCCCAAACAGGUGAGGAAGAUGAAAGUCAGAAUUCUAUGAAGCCACAUGUGAAUUUAUGGGGGAAAACAAAGAAAUUGAGGAUACAACAAAAAAGUCACAAAAGAAAGAAACUAUUUGAAUGUACGGCAUGUGGAAAGAGCUUCAGUGAAAGUGGAAAACUUCGAAUACACCAACGAACUCACACAGGGGAGAAACCAUUUGAAUGUAGGGAGUGCGAUAAGAGCUUCAGUCGAAGUGGGGCGCUUAGAUUACAUCAACAAACUCACACCGGGGAAAAACCAUUUGAAUGUGUGGAUUGUGGAAAGAGCUUCGGUCGAAAUGAUAUACUUAGAAUACACCAACAAACUCAUACAGGGGAGAAACCAUUUAAAUGUAUUGAAUGUGGAAAGAGCUUCAGUACAACUAGUAAACUUAGAAUACACCAACGAACUCACACAGGGGAGAAACCAUUUAAAUGCAUUGAAUGUGAAAAGAGCUUCAAUGAAAGUCAAACACUUAGAGUACACCAACGAAUUCAUAAGGGGGAGAAACCAUUUGAAUGUGUGGAUUGUGGAAAGAGCUUCAGUCGAAGUGGAACACUUAGAAUACACCGACGAGCUCACACAGGGGAGAAACCAUUUAAAUGUAUUGAAUGUGGAAAGAGCUUCAGUCGAAAUGAUACACUUAGAAUACACCAACAAACUCACACAGGGGAGAAACCAUUUAAAUGUAUGGAGUGUGGUAAGAGCUUUAGUGAUAGUGGAAAUCUUAGAAUACACCAAAGAAUUCACACAGGGGAGAAACCAUUUGAAUGUUUUGAGUGUGGAAAGAGCUUCAGUGAAAGUGGAGCACUUAGAAGACACCAACGAACUCACACAGGGGAGAAACUAUUUGAAUGUUUUGAGUGUGGAAAGAGCUUCAGUGAAAGUGGAUACCUUAGAAAACAUCAACGAACUCACACAGGGGAGAAACUAUUUGAAUGUUUUGAGUGUGGAAAGAGCUUCAGUGAAAGUGGAUACCUUAGAAAACAUCAACGAACUCACACGGGGGAGAAACCAUUUAGAUGUAUUGAAUGUGGAAAGAGCUUCAGUCGAAAUGAUACACUUAGAGUACACCAACAAACUCACACAGGGGAGAAACCAUUUAAAUGUGUUGAAUGUGGAAAGAGCUUCAGUACAAGUGGGAAACUUAGAAUACACCAACAAACUCACACAGGGGAGAAACCAUUUAAAUGUGUUGAAUGUGGAAAGAGCUUCAGUACAAGUGGGAAACUUAGAAUACAUCAGCGAACUCACACAAGGGAGAAACCGUUUCAAUGUAUGGAAUGUGGAAAGAGCUGCCGUCAAAAUGAAGCACUUAGAAUACACCAACAAACUCACACAGGGGAAAAACCAUUUAAAUGUAUUGAAUGUGGAAAGAGCUUCAGUCAUUAUGGAAACCUUAGAAUACAUCAACGAACUCACACAGGGGAGAAACCAUUUAAAUGUAUUGAAUGUGGAAAGAGCUACAGUCAAAGUGGAUCACUUAGAAUACACCAACAAACUCACACAGGGGAGAAACCAUUUAAAUGUAUUGAAUGUGGAAAGAGCUACAGUCAAAGUGGAUCACUUAGAAUACACCAACAAACUCACACAGGGGAGAAACCAUUUAAAUGUAUUGAAUGUGGAAAGAGCUACAGUCGAAGUGGAUCACUUAGAAUACACCAACAAACUCACACAGGGGAGAAACCAUUUAAAUGUAUUGAAUGUGGAAAGAGCUUCAGUGAAAGUGGAGCACUUAGAAGACAUCAACUAACUCACACAGGGGAAAAAUCACAGAUACUUUAAUAAACUGUAUAGGUGUUCUUUA